ACUUACAUUUCUCUAUCUCAAAUCUCAAUAAAAGUUUCUCGAAACUCGAUUUCGCGAUGAAGAACGAAAAGGGUGCGAGUUCGAGCGAGUUCUCCAUGGGGAACACGGCCCAGGAAAGGGGCUUACCGUACGUGCCAGAUUGUUACGUUGUUCCUCCUCCGUGUCGGCCUGAGAAUUCGGAAUCGGAAUCGGAAUCUUCAACUAUUCCGAGGAUCGACGUGUCUCGAUUGAUGACUGACGGCGAAGAACGCCGUCAAGUUGUUGAAGAACUUGCCAUGGCUUGCCGACGUCUCGGCUUCUUUCAAAUCGUGAACCACGGAAUAAGUCAGAGCAUCCUAGACGAGGCGUUGUCGGCGGCAGCCGGAUUCUUCGAGUUACCGGCGAAGGAGAAGGAGAAGUUGAUGUCGAACGAUGUGUACAAUCCGGUUCGGUACGGUACGAGUCUCAAAGAUGGUUUGGACAAAAUUCAAUUCUGGAGAAUCUUUCUCAAGCACUAUGCUCACCCUCUCGACAAAUAUAUUCACCUUUGGCCCGGAAAACCCUCCGGUUACAGGGAGAAAAUGGGGAAGUUCUGCGACCAAGUGAGGAAGCUGUCCGUAGAGAUAAUGGGAGCCAUCACGGAGAGCCUCGGGCUAGGGCGAGACUACAUGUCGUCUCAUAUGGGCGAAAACGGCACGCAGGUCACCGCUGUGAACUGCUACCCCCCAUGUCCACAGCCGGAGAUGGCGCUAGGGCUGCCGCCCCACUCCGACUACAGCUGCAUCACCAUCCUCCUCCAGAGCUUGGCCGGUCUCGAGAUACUCGAACCGGAGGCUCACGGGUGGAUCGCCGUCCCUAACGUCAAAGGUGCCCUACAGGUCCACGUGGGAGAUCACGUUGAGGUACUAAGCAAUGGGUUAUAUAAGAGCGUGAACAGGAACACAACGAGGAUCUCAAUCGCGAGCUUACACAGUUUGGGUAUGGACGAGAAGAUGACCGUACCGGACCGAUUGGUUAACGAUCAAAACCCGGUUCGGUACAGAGAAAGCAGCUUCAACGAUUUUCUUGAAUUUCUUGCCAAGAACGAUCUCGCUCGAGGGAGGAGGUUCAUCGACACUCUCAGGAUCAAGAACUGAGUGGUACGAAGCAUGUAUUGGUCAAAGAGCGUGAGUCAAGUUGACCGGUUCGAAUCGCUUCAAGUAGACCGAUUCGGUUCGAUUCGGUACGAAUUUAUGGUUCCGACUAUUGUCCUUUUUACGGUUUUCGACCUCUAUGUGAGACAUCGUGGAUAUAUAAUAGGACCUAGGGAGCAUAUAUGUUUAUCUUGUAGUGCUAUAUAAUUACUCAGAAUAUGGACGCAUCCUUUGUCUCCGUUUCGGAUUUCCUUUAUGUAAUAAAAAUAUUUUAUUACUCAACGGUUUAAUUAUUGUUAAUUAUACACGCGUUUAUA